AGUGUUAAAAUAAAGCUAUAAUAUAUAUUUCAAUUGUAAUUAAAUUGAUUUAUGAUAGACUAAACUAAGUUCGCAUAACGAAAUGACGAAUUAUCGCUGUGUUAAUUUUUAUGAUUUGUGUCGUGUGUGUACUGCCACUUCAGACCAAAAUAUAAAUGUAUUUUCUGUUGAGGGACGACGUAAAAAUCUAAACACAAAAAUAGCAGAAUGUUUAUCAUUACAAAUUGAAGAAAAAGAUCGUCUACCCAAAGUUUUGUGCAAUCAGUGUCUACAACAUGUGGAAUCAAUCGUGGAGUUUCGAAAUAUUUGUAAAAAUUCACAGGUAAUGCUUAACAAUUGCCUUAAUACCGCGACAUUGCAAAAUGGAAACAAAGUCUACAUCAAAGAUGCAAUUGCUUGUAGCGGUAAAAGUCUUAGUGUUGUGGGCGGCGGUAGUAGUACAGUUUUUAAUAUUGGAAAUCAAACCAAUCAAAUACCAACGAUGACUUUGCAAACCGGCGGAACAACUCAACAGAGCAAUGAUUUAAUUAAUACAAUAAUGCAGGCUGUUGGCAUACAGCCAUCUGACACAACAACAAAUGACAAAAAUAUAAUACCCCAGUAUACAAUAACAGUGGAUAAUAAAAGUCCAAAGACUGAUACGGUGGAAUAUAAAAUAACAAACAAUUUAACAACUACAUCUGUUGCUGCUCAACAACAAACCCAACAACAAAAUACGGAAAAGGAUUCUAAACACAACGCACUUGAAGAAUUUCUAAAAUUAAAACGUAAUAUUAAAGUGACACCAAUCAAAAGAGGAGACGUACAGGCGCCAAAACCAUCAAAUCAGCAAGAGCAGCCAUUUCAGCAAGUGAAUCAGCAACUCGAACAAAUAAGCAUCGAACAACACCCACAACAACAAGUAUCUCAACAACCUCAACAAGUAACACAGGCUUUACCGCAACUUUCGCAUUUACAACUUCAACAGAUACAACAGCAAAUUCAACAACAAAUACAACAGCAGUGGCAACAACAACAAUUACAACAACAACUGCAGCAAUUAACUUCGCAUUUACAACCACAACAAAUAACUAUAGCACCAGUAUCAAUGCCAGUUAAUACAACUUCCAUACUAAGUGAUGAGCUAAGUCCUGCAAAAAAUAAAAAACCAAAAUUAAAUUUUCUUCUCACCUCGCCGACUACACAACAAACCAUUUCUGCAACAUUACCAACACAACAACCGCAAAUACAAUUACAAAUACAACCUUCAACAACAACAUCUCAUCAACAACAGCAACAACAAACGGCUACUGCUACGCUGUUGACAAAUCUAGCACCAUUGUUACAGCAGCAAUCCCAACAACAACAAACAAUUGCACAAACAACACCUACUUCAAAUAUAAUAUCACCAAAUAAGUGUUUCUUGCCAAUAACUAUUAAAGAUGAAAAUUCUGAUCAGCAGAUCGUUGCGCAUAUUGAUGCUAAGAACUUUAUGUUACCAACAACAUAUCAAUUACAAAUGAAAUUGCAGCCACAGUUAUCAACUGUAGAUGGGCAACCUGUGGUACAUUUAACUCCUGCUUCUAUACCAGCCACAAUACAGUUAACAGCACCACAAACAAUCUCGAAUCAAACAUUUCAAACAACUGCUGUAAAUACAAGCACCACAGUGCCUCAUCAUGUCUCACAACAAAAACAACAACUGCAACCGCUUAUACAACACCACAACACCCAACACUUACCACAGAAUGUGCAAAUAGUAUCCACAUCAACAAUUAAACAACCGAGUAUAAGUAUUAAAACUAAUAAUAACAGUAAUAUUAAUUUUAAUAAUCAUAAUACAAAUGAUGCCUCUACUUCUACUACGGAACAUAUGGACGAUUUUGGUGGAAGUAAACAGAAAACAUCUGGUAUGCAGGUUGCAAGUUCAAUAAUGAAACAAAAAUAUAAAAUCACCAAAAACUCAAACAACAAUACAAUUGAAAUAAAGCCACAAACAAAUUUUACACAACAAAUAAUGCAACAAGUGCAACAACAGCAACAACAAAAACUAUUACAAAAACAACAACAGCAGCAGCAACCGCAACAACAACAACAGAAAACUUCUUUACCGACAACAGUUGCAACACAGCAUGGAGGCAUUACAGUACAACGCAUUACAGCUAAGACAAAUCCCACAAAACAGUCGAAUUUCUUAAGCACUCCAAAAUUGCCAAUACUUAAUAAACAAAAUGUAACAAUAAGUCGCAUAACUACGACAGCAACACCACUACAACAAAAUAAUACACAACAACAAGCCACAUUAAAAGUGCAAUCAAAAGUUAAAACUCCACAGCAGGAUCAGCAGCAGCAGCAGCAGCAACAACAACAACAAAGGCCUCUGCAAAGUACUUUACCAACAAAUCAAGCACAAACGUUGCCAACACAAAAGCCGCUAGUACAACAACAACAAUUUGUAGAAGAAACAAUUAAAGUUGAAAAUAAGAAAAUUGUACACAAAGUAUUGAAAAGAACUACUGAAAUUAAGCAGAAGACACCAUCAGAUACACUAGCGACAAUAACGGAUGUAACUAGCAUAAAUACUCCAACUGUAACUAGUGCGAAUACAAAUACGUCAACUGAAGGCACAGUACAAAGUCGUUUACAGUGUGCUCAGUGUAGUCGAACCUUUAAGAAGAAAGAACAUCUCACACAGCAUGUGAAGCUGCAUGCCGGCUUACGUCCUUUUAAAUGCAUCGAGGACAAUUGUGGUAAAAGUUUUAGUCGUAAGGAGCAUUUAAUGCGUCAUAUAAUCUCACAUACUGGUAAGAAAAUGUUUAGCUGUGAAGUGUGUUUAAAACCGUUUUCGCGUAAAGAUAAUUUGAACAAACACAAAAGAAUACAUACUUCAGAAUCAAGUUCUAAUUAUACUUGCGAAAUUUGUCAGAAAUCAUAUGCAGUGAAAGCUUUUUACCAGCAACAUAAACUAAUUCAUAAAAAAGAAGCGGAAGCUGAAGCAGCUAGAACUGCGAAUAAAGAUUUAAAAAACAGUACGGAAAAUUCAAUAAAUAUAACAACUCCAUCAAGUGCCCAAACGCAGCAGAUACAAAUCUUAACACAAAAUCCAACACAACAACAACAGCAGCAGCAGAAACAGCAACAACAAUAUCAGCAAUUUUCCCACCACUCACAAGAGCAGCAGACGCAAACAAAUACAACAGCAUCAACGCAAAUAAUGCAUCUACAACUCCCAACUGUUGUAACAACACAAGAUUUGACUGGGAAUACUAUUACAAUAACACAAUCCCAUGAUCCAAACAAUACAAAAGUUGGUAACUCGGAUUUUGCUUCGUCACUGGUAAAUUUAGUGCAUUUAACCCCAGCACAGUUUGUCAAUGCUACCUCCGGGCACAUUGUGGGACAUAUAAAGAUUGAAAAAUAAUUUUAUAUAUGACAGAAAAAAAUAUUAAAUUAAUUGCAUUGCGUUGCUGAAGUCUUAUUCAUUUAAUCAUUUCAGUUGCAAUUCUUUUAUUAUGGAAAGCUACCGAAACUAAAUCUAAAGUAUU